UCUGGCAACACAUUUGGAGAACUUUGCCUUUUCUAAAUCUUAUUCUAGCUUAUAACUAACCUCAUAUGUAUUAAGUGAAAACCGAACUUCGACUUUUACCACAUUUUCAACUUAUAUUAGUGGCUACUUUGUCUAGUUUUAUCGUAUUGAAAGUUUGGCUGCUCUACUCAACAUUAGCUAACAUUAGCUAACAUUAGCUAAACCCACCUACGUAGGAAGAAGCCGUUUCACAAACCAGUGUAGCUUUACGGUGAAAUCUUGUCCCAAAGAAGCACUGAGAGGUGGAUUAUUGACAAGACGAAUUGACCAGAAGACUAUAACUAUAUUCUCGUUGGUAAAAUAGUCUCGUACAAAGUUAGAUUUUUGCCAACAAACAAGAAAAUAUUUAAAAGGACAUGUUUUUAAAGGAAUGAUCUGUAGCAGUGAGAGGUUGUGGCAGCCUCAUCAGUAGCUGUCACCACGGCGGGGGACCUUCGGACCUCCGUCUGCAGGGUGGUCAUCUACCUCCAAAAGGUCAUGUCUGGAGACAGCUGCCUGCCCCAGCAUCACACCUCCCCAGCCCCUCCUCUGGCCUGUCCCAAGACCAAGACCAGCAAUUAUCGAGGAGCGGUCGGCCUGGGCAACAAGUAUGUCCGGCUUAAUGUUGGCGGGACCCUGUUUUACAGCACGCUGCAAAUACUGACCAGGCAGAACUGCUUGCUGAAGGCCAUGUUCAGUGGACAGAAGGAAGUGUUCACUGAUAAAGAAGGUUGGAUCCUGAUUGAUCGCAGUGGGAAACACUUCGGCACCAUCCUGUGCUACCUGCGUGACGGCACAGUCGCCUUACCCAAAGGCCGUCAAGCUGUCCUGGAGCUGCUGGCUGAGGCGAAGUAUUACCUCAUCCAUGGCCUGGUGGAGCUUUGUCAGAACAGCCUGCAGGGCAAUAAAGAGCAGCCCCUGUGUGUUAUACCUGUGGUCACCUCCAGUAAGGAAGAAGAGAGGCUCAUCCAGUCUUCCACCAAGCCUGUGGUGAAGCUGGUGUACAACAGAAGCAAUAACAAGUACUCCUACACCAGUAACUCAGACGACAACCUGCUGAAGAACAUCGAGCUGUUCGACCGGCUGUCUCUCAGCUUCAACGGCCGUGUCCUCUUCAUCAAGGACGUGAUCGGAGACGAGAUCUGCUGCUGGUCGUUCUACGGUCAGGGCCGCAAACUGGCCGAGGUGUGCUGCACCUCCAUCGUCUACGCCACAGAGAAGAAACAGACCAAGGUGGAGUUUCCUGAAGCUCGGAUCUACGAGGAGACCCUGAACACUUUGCUGUACGAGACGAUGCCGCUGCCCGACAACUCCCUGCUGGAGGCCACGCGUCGAAGCUACAACAGCUGCGGCUCUCACAGCGAGGAGGAGGAGGGGCCGGGGGGAGCCGAGCUUCGCGAGCGCGUCCGUCGAAUCCACGUCAAGAGGUACAGCACAUACGACGACCGGCCCCUGGGACACUGAGACUGAAACCCCAAACCUCCGGACUGAUGAUGAACACUCAAACACGGAGUCUGUUGAUGCUCAUACGUUUGUAUUUUGAAUUUUUUUUUAUCCUAGUGUCGCCACCACUAUCUGAAGGAAGUCCUAAUCAUGACCUUGAUGUAAUUACAUCUUCCAGUUGUGGCGUCGUCUGCUCUGUCCAUCAUAAUUUAAGAAUAAUUAUCAGAGCAGCUUCUUCAGAUAUCUACAGAAGUGUAUGUUUUUAAUGACAUUUAGAUUCGUAGUGGAGGAAAAAUCACUAAUAUGCACUAUUUCUUAGAUGAAAUAUUGUUCCAAUCAUAGCACUUACACUCUGAAUCAGCAGGAGAGCCUGUUUCAUAUUUAUGGAUUGUAUUUUUCAUAUACGCAUUUAUAACAGUUUGUUUGCCAAAGAUGAACCUGUUUUUAGUUUUAAUGCAGUUUCACCAUGAUGCCUUUUUUCCAGCUGUGAAGAUAAAAGUUGUUGUUGUUCAA